AUGGUGAAUUCACAGCUUUUUAAGCGUAUGGUUCAGAUUGGCCGCGUUGUUUUGCUUAUAAAUGGUGAUUUUAAGAAUCGGAUUGCUGUCAUUGUUGAAAUUUUGGAUUGCCGACGGGUUGUUCUUGAUGGCCCAAAAACCUGUGUUUCCCGGCAUAUUGCUUCUUGUAAUGAUUUUCUUCUUACAUCUAUCAUGGUUCAUUCUCUUGCUCACGGUGCGCGUACUGGCAUUGUUGCUAAGCGCUGGGAUGCACAAGAUAUAACUGCUCAGUGGAAUAAAACAACAAUGGCAAAAAAAUUACUUUCUCGGCAACGUAGAGCACAAUUAAAUGAUUUUGAGCGAUUUCAGGUGAUGCUUUUGAAGAAACAACGGCGUAUUGAGGUAGCAAAGACACUUUCAGUUGCAAGUUUGUAA